AUUGCAAGGGAUUUGAUUUGUUUCAUCCUUUUUUUAUCUCCCAUUUUACGCCAGCUUUGUUAUACCCAUUGUUAAAUCCUGCAGAUACAAUGUGGUCUAACUUUUUCAUGCAGCAGGAAGAAGAUGCCCGAGUGGGUGGGCAUGUGGGAGCUGGGGCUGGGGCCAGUGCUGGGGGAGGGGGUGGACGCAGCAAAAACAGACCUAGGUCCUCACGCAUGAGUGAGAGCCAAGAGGGCAAAAUCAAGUUGGCAUUUUUUGUUGCCAUUGUGGGUGUGACUCUGACUGUGCUGGGCAUGGGCACAGAGUUCUGGGUGGAACUGGCACAGCCCAAACAUUUCCAAAACAACGAGUCCUGUCAGUUGGUGCACUACGGCCUGUGGAAAGCCUGCACUCGUACACUCUGGGUGUCUGACAUUGACCCGGAGAGAGAGAGCUGUGGCCCUGCAGAGCUGCCUGGAGAAUCUAACUGCACAUACUUCAAAUUCUACACUUCAGGAGAAAAUGCAGUGAUUUUUAAUAAAACAACAGAUAAAAGUUUGAGUCUGGCAUCAGCGAUGCUGGCACUGUUCGGUUUGUUUCUAAUGAUGAUGGGCUCUGUGUGUAUUAUCAUGUCUCUUACAAAGAAUGUACCCUUCCUCCUCAAACCUGCUUCUGUCUGCUUCCUCAUCUCAGGCAUCCUGAUCUUGGUGUCUAUCCUGGUUUUCCACCGAUCGGUACUGGCACUGCUGGCGAGUGAUCACAGUGUCCCUCUGCACUAUGAGCUGUCCUGGUCAGUGGCGUGUGUAGGCUCGGCCGGGGCCAUCCUUCUUCUUGGCGGUGUUCUUUUCCUGUUGCUUUCCUUACCCUACAAUCCUUUCAAGAAAUGCAUAAAGCACCGAAAUAGCAGUGCUUAGGAAAACUGGAUUUCUCUAGAAAUUUAAGACUGAUUGAAAAGACUGGCAAUUGUGCAUAAGGUUUUAUGAAUUCUUGCAAUUGAUUGACACCAGAAUUAGAUCUUAGAAAAUGCUGAAUUAAGCACUGAGUGGCCACUUUAUUAGGUAUGCUAGUAGAUUAGAUCUUCAGUUUGAUUUUUAUUAGAUAAUAAACACCGGUCAGCUGUGACUGUCAAAGGAUAUAAUCUAGGGUUAGACUAGGGUUGGUUGAAGUUGCAUUUAUGAUGCCACAUUCUUUUUCGUUUUUCUUACAUCAAAAUUUGUUUUGGAAAUAAAAAGUGUAAAAAAUAUGAGGGGCGUUUAAGUGAAACAGGACUUUUGAUUGUGCAGAACAGUUAUGGAAGUAAAGACUACCUUUAUUUCUUUAUAUAAUCCCCUGCUACGCUAAUUCUUUUUUUCCAGUGUUUCACUAGUGUUUGGGUACCAUCAAGGUAGAAAGUUUUCUCUGAAUGCCAGAGCAAUGAUUGGACUGCCUGCUGAAAUACUGGCCUCCCAGGGACUCAAUUAUGGUCCAAACAUAUGUUAAUUGCUUUGGGCGAGGUCAGGACUAUACAGGGGAUGUGGCCGUAACUUCCAGCUCGGAUCAUCGGAUCCGGGAUCAUCGUUCACAGAUAAACAGCCUUCUAUAAACGUUUGCGCCAUUCAAAUAUUUUACUGUGGCUAAAAGUCUCAUCACUACUGAGCUUGAAGUAAAAAAAAAAAUAAUAAUAAUUGGUUUUACUUUUAUCAAAAUCCUGGUUUGGCUUGAUCACCCCUCAUAGAAGUUCUGAAAUAGGUCUUGGUUUUGUUUAAAGAAUGGAAGUGCGAUGUAUGUAACAUUGUGGUCAUAGUGGAAAAUGAUUGUGCAGAAUCUUUCAAUUGUUCCACUAUUAAACACAAAUGAAAUCAGGUCUGGUUAAAAGAUAUAAAAAGAUCUACUAGGUAUUUUUUACAAUUAUUUUCUCCUGUUGGCAUGUUAAUGUUCAAAAAACAUUAGAGAAUUCCAGCUCGGAAAAUUUUCAAAAUGUGAAUGGAGUUGUAGAUCAUGAAAACAGCAUUAGCUCUGUACAGUAUCCGGAUAAUGGCUGACUUACUGUAUAACGUAAUGUUCAACUUAUUAGUCAACCUUACAUGACUUUAAAGUGUUUAUUGCAUGUUAAACUUCAGCUGUUCUGAAGGACCUUAGUUUGUAAAUGAAGUGUGUUCUUUAAAAAAAAAAAAAAAAAAAACAACGGCUGGUUAAAAUAGCAGUAAGUGGGAUUUAUACAUUUUCUUGUCCUUUGCUUUUAUGUAAGACAGCCCACCUGUCAGUCUGGAACAUUCCACACCAUUUUAAGUUAUGUUCAUUUUCCUUCAUAUUUUGUCAGAUUUUGCUUACUGCACCUGAAUUUUCUUUGCAUUCGAUCAUAAUCAUUCCCAACAGGUUCAAGGGGUGGGCUUUGUCUGGAAAGGCUCGAAAGCUCUGGCAGGAAAAUGCUUCAGAGCACUGCUACACUGUAUAUCCUUUGGUUAGAAUUUGGUUAGAGGGUACUGUAUUUAUGGUGGUGGCCUGUAAGUGCAAAAUAAUGGAUACAGCACAUUGGAGCAAAACCUAAAACAUGACAGCAAGUCUGGAAACACAAAACACAACAAAAGAGUGCGUCUUAUUUGGAUUUUUUAUAUACUGAAUACUGAUUGGCUAUGGUGUGGUUCAAAGAUACAGUAAAAACGGCAGAAAUGUUGAGCGUAAAUAAGUUUAAUGAUACAUUUUAUUUGUGAUUUUUUUGUUGUUCAAAUUUAAGACUUAAGAAAUUUUAAUUGGAAUAAGUUCUCGGUUUUGUUCCAUAUAAUUCAAAUAUGUGAACGCUAAAAAAAAACAGCUAAAAGAAUCUGGGUUAAGCAGAAUAAAUAAUUUACCAAAAUAACAGAUAACUGAUGAGUAAGUCUUUUUUUCACAAUAUAUACAGUAUAAUAUAUUGUGAAAAAAGAAUUACUCGUCAGCAACAACCAUGUGAUGUUCAACAAAAAUGUACACUUUCCAUUUUAGGUUCAUGCAUUAAUCAUAACUUUAAAAACCUAAACAUUAAGCCUAAUUUUGUGUCAGUUCCCCUUGCCAUAAAACAGCUCUGGCCUCUUGUGGGAUGAUUUAACAAGACCUCUAGGGGCUGUCCUGUGGUUUCUGGCACCUGGACAUUAGCAGCAGAUUCUUUACUGUAUAUAGAUCCAGUAUACUGUAUAUCCAGUAUAUUUCUGUAUACAGUAUCCAACAAGCUUGAACUCUUUGCCUGCUAAACCCAGUACACAUCAUUCUGUAAUGCAUUGAGUUUUCUGAUUCCUUUCUAUUAUAGCCAGCAUUACUGUAACUUGUGCUACAAUGGCUUUGCUCUAGGCUUGGCAUAGAGAGGCUGACUUUUGGUCUCCACAGGCUUGAAUGAAUCUUGUGUGGCCAUCAUCAUGUCACCAAUAUACUGAUAAACAGUAUAAUGGAUAAUCAAUGUUAUUCACUUCGUCUGUGUUGUUAGUUUUGUGGCUGAAUGGUUUAUCACUGUCUUUCCUCAAUUUGUUUGUAUUUAUGCUUUUGUGGUUUCAGGUGGCAUGGUUGUUAGUGUUGCCACCUCACACUUUCAGGAUUGCGGGUUUAAGUCUCAUCUCUGGUCUGUAUGUCUGGAGUUUUCAUGGUUUCCCCAUGCUUUGUGGGUUUCCACUGGCUACUCCGAUUUCCUCCCACAGUCCAAAGACAUGAAGUGUAGGGCUGAUUGGCAUUUCCAAAUGGCCCAUAGUGUAUCACUGGGUAUGAGUGUGUGUCUGGGUUGGUUCCGAGUGCUUGAGUUCCGUUGGAUAGGCUUUAGGUCUCCUAUACAAAGUCAGUGAUACAGUAUGGAAAGUAGAUGGAUGGAUGUUGUGGUUCUGAUUUGCUGUUGAGUUCUUGGUUUUUAUUGUCAUAUUUUGCACUUGAUGCCACUAUAUUUCACUUAAUAAACAGGCCUCUUAAUGUUGUUUUUGUUUGUAGUCUGCUAUAGUAGCAAAAGCUUUCUUACUGAACUCUUAGUGAUCUACUGUACAUACUUUCUACCUUCUAACCUUACCUUGUCAUAUUUAGGUCUCCUAGUACUGUAGAUCAUUGCUUGGUGAUUGUUUAGUAGUUGGUUAGUAGACUGAGCUGGAAGAGCUCAAAGUGUGUUGGUGCUGUGGGUAAAGGGUUGCAAAAAUGGAAUAUGAUGAAGUUGGAAAAAUAAAAAGACAUAAUUUAGGAAAUUUUCUGUCUCACAGAUGAGGGUACAUUAAGGAGACACCUUUGCUACAUUUUUAUAAUUAUUAUUCUAUCCAGAAUAAAAAGCUCAGUGUUUCUCCUCUCAGCAGUAAGCAUGAUCUUGCUUUGUACAUGUAAAGUAUUUUCCUAUCAGUUCCACUGUUAAAUAAUUAAACAGAAAAAAAAACACAACUACAGUACACAAAGCAAGCUGCUUAGUGACAGUUACAGAAAAGCUGAAGGAGGUUUAUAGAGCAUGGUGCAGGUUGGACCGACACUUUUGAUAUAAACGCCGUUUGAUUUCAUUAACAGCCAGCAUAUGGUGCAUUAUGAAUACCCAUUAUGGGUUAGCAAAAAUCAGUUCAGCUCAGCAAAGCCGGUGUCAGCAUUUAAACCUUCAAGUUAAUUUUAAGUCACUUGCAGCAUGUCGUAAAUAAAUAACACGAAACCGUUCUAAACUAUGGAGCCCCUUUGGUGAUGUUUGGAUUAAAGAUAAAAAUUUCAUAGCUAUGAGUUACAAAAGUGUGGGAAGGAGAUACUAUGUUAUGGCUGCAACUUAAUAAGACAUGGGAACAAAAUAGUUUAAUGUGUGGUCACAACCUUAUAUCGUUUAGAUUCUUGUAAACUUUAGACACAUUUGACUAGAACUGAUUUCAUUUCUAACCGUUAGUAUGGAAGUAUGAUUGCAUUCUCCAAAACAACAAUCAUCCUUAAACUACUUAAUUCCCAUGCUUUUUUAAUUUGUGACCAUAACUUUGUAUGUAUCUCCUUCUGGCACCUCAGUAAGUCAUAACCACGGAAUUAUCAUCAAAGGACUCUGUAUUAAACCAAUUAAAACCACGCUCACAUGUACGUUACACUGCUUUGACUACUGCUUUAAAUGUUUCUUUAAAUGCAAUGGUGAAUGUAAUAUUUAUUCUCUCUUAUAUUGUGUAAAAUGUGUGUUCUUUAUGUUCUUGCUAUAUGAUGUAUGAAUGUAAAUUAUUUUUAUUUGCUCUGUAUUACACAGACCUUACAGCCAGGCUGUAAAUAAUGUCUUUAUAUUUCACUCUGGAAAGCUUCUUUAGCAUUUUCACCCUUAAUUCAUAACGCUUUUUUCCCCCCAGUUCCUUGUUUGUUGCAACACAUACAGUACAGUACUAUACUGUAUGUCACUUUCGCUGUAUAGUUUUGCUUGAAAAUUAAAUCUUUUUUUUCGCAUA